GGAACUGGUACCAGCCUUUCGGUGUGCUGUGCUGCCAUUGUGGCUACAGGGAGCUGAGCAGAGAAAAUGAGCGACCUGGGAAACCACAACAGGAAAGUGGUGACCUAUGAUGAUGUGCAUAUCAACUUCACUUGGGAGGAGUGGGCUUUGCUGAAUCCUUCUCAGAAGAAUCUCUACAAAGAUGUGAUGCGGGAGACCUACAGAAACCUCACUAGUAUAGGAUACAGUUGGGAAGACUAUCAUAUUGAAGAAUAUUGGCAACAUUCUGGAAGAUAUGAAAGGAAAGAAAGAAGUCAAACUGGAGAGAAACCUUCUGUAUAUGCUCACUGUGUUAAAGCCUUUGCAUAUGACACUCAUCUUCCAAGUUAUGAAGGAACUCAUACUGGAAAGAAACCUUAUGAAUGUAAUCAGUGUGGUAAAGCAUUUGCAUACCACUAUAAUCUGCAAAUUCAUGAAAGUACACAUACUGGAGCGAAACCCUAUGAAUGUAAUCAAUGUGGCAAAGCCUUUGCACAACCCCAUGAUCUGCAAAUUCAUGAAAAGAGACAUACUGGAGAAAAACCCUUUGAAUGUCAUCAUUGUGGUAAACCAUUUGCCUAUCGCAGUCACCUGCUAAUGCAUGAGAGGACACAUACUGGAGAGAAACCCUAUGAAUGUAAUCAUUGUGGUAAAGCAUUUGCACGACGCAGUCACCUGCAAAUUCAUGAAAGGAAACAUACAGGGGAGAAGCCCUAUGUAUGUAAUCAGUGUGGUAAAGCCUUUGCAUACCCCUAUAAUCUGCAGAUGCAUGAAAGGACACAUACGGGAGAGAAACCCCAUGAAUGUAAUCAUUGUGGUAAAGCCUUUGCUAGGCACAGUUGUCUUCUUAAACAUAAAAGAACACAUACUGGAGAGAAGCCUUAUGAAUGCACUCUGUGUGGCAAAGCCUUUGCAACUCAUAAUACUCUUCAAAGGCAUAAAAUGAGACAUAGGGGAGACAAACCCUAUAUAUGUAAUCAGUGUGGCAAAGGCUUUGCACAACCCCAUGGUCUGCAAAUUCAUGAAAAGAGACAUACUGGAGAAAAAACCUUUGAAUGUCAUCAUUGUGGUAAAGCAUUUACACGACGCAGUCAGCUGCAAAUGCAUGAACGGAUACAUACUGGAGAGAAACCCUAUGAAUGUAAUCAUUGUGGUAAAGCCUUUGCUAGGCACAGUUGUCUUCAUAAACAUAAAAGAACACAUACUGGAGAGAAGCCCUAUGAAUGUACUCUGUGUGGCAAAGCCUAUACUAGUAACAAAAGUUUGAAAAAGCAUAAAAGAACACAUACUGUAGAGAAACCCUAUUCAUGUAAUCAGUGUGGUAAAGCCUUUGAAAGGCCAAGUACUCUUCAAAUGCAUAAAAGAGCCCACACUGGAGAGAAAACCUAUGAAGGUAAUCAGUGAUGUAAAGCCUUUAAAUAUAACAGUCAUCUGAAGAGGCAUAAAAGAACCCAUGCUGGAGAAAAAUUCUGUGAAUAUAAUUAGUGUGGUAAAGCCUUUGCAUGUCAUAAUACACUUCAAAGGCAUAAAAGAUCCCAUACAUGAGAGAAUUCCUGUGAAUACAAUCAGCAUAGUAAAGCUUUUGCAUGCCCCAGUCUCCUGUAAAUGCAUGAAAGUCAUGUCACAGUAGUCUCCAGCUACAUAAGAGAAUCCGUAGUAGAGAGAAAUUCUAUGAAUGUAAUUAAUGUAGUAAAACCUUUACAGUUCACAGUAGUUUUCAGUGUCAUAAAAGAACACAUAAUGGAGAGAAACCCUAUCUAUGAUUGUAAUCAGUGUGCUAAAACCUUGGCAUGUAUUAGUAGUCUGCAAAAUCAUGAGACAUUUAUCAUCCUGCAGAGAAAGUAUGCCUUUGCAUAUAACAGUAGUCUUUGAAUGCCUGAGAAAGAUCCUGAGCCUCCUUAUUAUCAAGAAGUUGGAUCUUUUACCAACACACUUACAUUCAGUACAAUGAGAGUGUUUAUUCUGUAGAAAAUAAUUUGAUAGUGUAAAAAAUCAAUUCAAGCAUCAUGAUGGCUUUGUAUAUUGUUUGCAUCAGCAAACUCAUGAAAAAAAUGAAUUUGUGAAUCCUUCUGUGCAGGGUAAAAGAGCCAGCAAAAGAAACACACUGGCCCUGAAAUCAGAGCAAGUGAAGUACACACAUUUUGGCCCUGAAAUCAGAGCCAAAGAAACGCUCCCUGAACCUCAAACCAGAGCCAAAGAAACACAGUUUGGCCUUAUAACCAGAGCCAAACAUAUUCUUUCCUUGACAAACUGAGCACAAAAUCAACCAAUCUCUGGGCUCAAAAAUCAAACAAUCCCUGAUAAUCAAAUAUAGCCAAUCUCUCAGCUUCUUUAAGCUCAGUGUUUGAAGUCCCACCAAUUUCUGCCCUGAAAACCUCCAAGGAAAACCUGUGACCCUAAGAAGGCCUGUGCCUGUCAGGUGGUAGAAGCCCAUUUCCACACUGGCAGAGACAGCUGCUCUCCUGGAUUCCUCCCUCCCAAGUAAAUCUCUUGAAUGAGAGCUUGGGUGAAGACUUUCUUUCCCAAGACUGGAGCAGAAACUCUAAUGGUGUGGAGCAGAGAAGCAAUAGACACCUGUGUUCGGAACCUCCCUUAGAGAAUGAAACACAGGUAACAACUUCUUGCUGGAGCCAGAGGAGGCUGCUAUAUUUUUGCAGUGGUUUCCCCCUUGGUUGAUUGAAGCAGAGGACUACCAAUUUGGGCUGGAGCUGAAAAGAAAUGGACAUCUUGAUUGAGAAACUCUAGUGAAGUGGAGCAGAGAAGCAAUAGACACUUCUGCUGGGAAACUGUUAGCCAAGUAGAUCCAAGUCCAGGAUACCUUCCCAUAAAAGCUGUGGGUAUAACCUGAUUUCUGACAGUCAUGAUACAUUUUUCUUCAGAGCUCAAUUUAUCCAGAAUACCUUCCCUCCACAGUCUGGUAAAGCCUGACUUCCCUAAAUUCAGGAUUCCUUUCUCCUCACGGCUGUAGGUAAUCAGGAUAUCUUCCCUUCACUACUUCCAACAGUCAGGGUAUCUUUCUUUUCAGAGCUGAAAGUAUCCAGGCAACCUUGGCUCCACAGCAUCAGGUACAGCCUGACUUUCCAACAUAGUACUUUUUUUCCUAAUAGCUGUAGGUACAUUCCCUUCAUAGCUGUAGGUAUAGCUGAACUUCUGACACUCAGGGUACCCUCACCCCCUACAGAGCUGUAAUAUUUACACUAUGAUAACACCAACUUAGAAGGAUUGAUUUCUCUGACUUCAAGCCUGCAUGCUUGGUUUCUGUUACAUGAACCAAUUCAUGAUAAGAAAACUUUGUAAGUAAGCCAUUAGGUGCCUCAACCCUGUGUUAUAGGAAUGAAUGCUUACAAGGGAAAAACUUUCAUGAGUGAAAAUUUGUUUGUUUAAAGAAUUGUUUUAAUAUUAACCAUGUUGUUAGUCUGUGUUUGUGUGGGUAUGGGAGUGUACAUGCAACUUCCUGAGAAUGUUAGACCCUUGGUUCUUGUUAUAGCAGGGAUUACAGAAAGUUGUCAAAAAUCAGUCCUUGACCCUGGGAAUGAACAUAACUUAACUGCCCAUGUCUUUUGUACUGUAAAUAGGUUAAAGCUUAUCUAUACCAUUUUGAAGUCAUGAAAUAGGGAUAAUCUCAUACAAGAGAAAAAUUCUGUUCCUGUAAAGGAUUUGUUAAUACUUAUACAUCACAGUUGUCUUUACCCUCAACAAAAUAAAAUCUUAUUCAUUUCUUUUUAAUGGCAGCCUUGAAGGUAGUAAAUUAAAGUAAGUGUGUCUGUGAAAGGGUGGUGGGUUGUUGUUCCUGGUUUUGUUUUUUAAUGUUUUCAGAAAUUCCCUUGAGAUUCUGUUGUUUGUUAUUCAUCUUGGCUUGGAUUUCAGUAAUGAUUUAGGGAUACAUUUGAACUCAGUGAUCCUCAUAUGUCUGCCUCCAGAGAAAAAGUCCAAGGGUAGAUGAUAUACUGUACCCAUUGUGUGCUGUUUUGUCAACAAAAUUUAAAAAUGUUAAUAUCAAAAUGUUUAAUUUAAGAGCAUAUAAAAAACAUUAAAUACUUCAUGUGUAUUCAAAGCAGUAUUUUUAUUUAUCUGAUAGAGAUGUAAUAAAGGAGGAUAAUCAGCAAUCAACUGCGUAUCUCACACCAUGCAUUGAU